CCUGGAGUAUUUGGGAGGUUGCUGCAGUACAGACAGAAGUUAGUGCCAGCAGCCUUUCUCCUGCAGCAGUGGGGACUUCCUCCCCUCAUCCUGCCCCUCUCCUACCUGGAGAGGUGGGCAAUGGCCGGCUCUGGACACCUUGCACUCCUUCUGACAGUGUCUCUCCAAUCCCUUUUGCAUCCUGCAUGGGGUCAGGGUUCCUCCAGUGACAACAGCACAGUGGUUCCUACAACAUCAGUGCCAACCACUUCUUCCAAAGGCCUCUCGAAGGCGGAACUGGAAGCUGCCAUAGCUGUGCCUUGUGUUUUUGUAGGACUCUUGCUAAUCGGCCUUUUGGUUUUCAUGGGACUCAAAAUUCGGGAGAAGCGCCAGACAGAAGGGACUUACCAGCCCAGCAAUGAAGAGCAGGCAGGGGCCCGUGUGGAACCGCAGACCAACCUCAAGCUGCCACCAGAGGAGCGACUUAUCUGACAGACGGAAAAAGGACUCCAUUUUGGGAUCAUUCCUUGGAAAAAGCUGCUUAGCACACUGGACUAAAAAAAAAAAA